UGUGCUGAUUUCCAUGACAGCUGAGGGAAAUACACCUCACACUAUAAAGGAAAGUUCAACUGUUUUUGCUGUAUUUUAAUUCAAUUUGUUCAGUGCGGUGUGAGGGUGUGAGCUUUUCGUGAAAUCAAAGCGUCUGGGGCUUUCUGUGUAACUGUGAGAGACACUGUAGGAUGUUCCUGGCUCACUGUAUGAUGGAAUGGAUUGUGCUGACUGUCCUCAGCCUUUGCCUGCCGGUGUGGAGUGCUGUGAAGGUGAUCCAGCCCUAUAGAGUGGUGAGCACCAACGGUACGGCACAAGUCCAGUGCUUCGUCCAACCCCAACCUUCCUACCACCAGAUCCAAGUACACUACGACCAAAGCCUGCCAAGCCCUGGCCCUGAGGAGCUCCGUGUGACUCUGGUGAAAGGCCUCCACGGCACCCAGGCACUCUGCUCUUCUAUCCCCAACUUCAUAGGAGAGCCAGAGACAGGUGUGGAGAAAGAGGGAGAGGUGAAGUGCACUGCUGUGAUGAGAGAGGGCGCUGUGGAGGUGACAGUGACUGGCCUGAAAGCUACAGACACAGAUAUGUAUCGAUGUGAGAUAGAGAUCUUUUACCCGCCACCUUUUCUACGGCUCACUGGCAACGGCACACUCAUUCAUGUCCUCGAAAGCUCUGACUGUCCUGUGCAGGCAGCUCACAGACAGACUGCACGCCAGGGUGAUGAAGAAGAGGAUGAUGAUGUCGAUGAGAUGUCAAACGUCAGUGUUCCUGUGGGUGUACUGAUGUUUCUGGUCAUGUUUGUCCUCGUCAUCAUUACCGCCUUCCAGAUUCUCCAGUGUGAACGAGGGAAGAGGGAGGUUGUUAUACCUGUGCCUGGUGUGCUUCACAAAGUGGAUGCUACUGGAUUUUCAUGUGAAAACAUUGCAUGAAAAGCACACAACCAUGUCUUCCCAGCCUCUCAAAUGUCAUCUUGGGGCCAUCAUGUCCAAAUCAGCCUUGUAUCUGCUGAGAAGCAUUAGGAACCCAUCGAUUCUGAAGGGAGUUUGAGGAUCAGUAUGUGUCUUAAAUAUCACCUCUACUAUGUUAGAGGGUUUUUUGUUUUUUUUUACCACAACUAUAGAAAAACACCAAAAUGACAUUGAGUGUCUGUGUAUAUUUUACUUAUUAAGUAUAAAGAUAAUGUUUACAUUGUUGUAAACAAAAACUUAUAUUAAAAAGCUAAAGCUUUUGUAUAGAGUCGACUUGAGUUGUGGAGGCACCUGUGAGUGCUCAUCCUAACUACAGCUAGCAAGGCUUGUAAAGCUAAUACUGUGUACAAAUUUGUUUGAUUAAAAACUGAAUCACUUGAAUUGUAUUGAAAGUUACAGUACAGUAGUAUAUUUUGUUGCCAUUGCAAUAUUAAGCAAAUAUUCAAGUUGGAUAUUUGCUUAAA